CUUGCACCUGCACUAAAAGCACUUUCGGAUGCUACACUAGACAUUUGACAUGUUAGUAGAUCACGUGCAAUCAUAGAUAAAAUAGGAUAAUUUUUUUGUUCCAUUUUCCACCAAUGUAGAAUAUCAAAAUCCUCAGAAUUUUCCACUAAAUCUAAGCUUAAAUAAUGUUUAAGCUCAUUUGUUGAUCUAGUACCAGAAUCACUUUUCCUCUUUUUUAUUUUAUCUAGAAGUGCAUAACUAGAUGAACAACCACUACUGUUUUUGUUGGAAGAAGAUGGAAUAACAGUUGUCAAUGUAUUUUUAAAACAAGAGGUAUAUAAACCAACUAACAAAUUCAAAUAAUCCUCCAAUUGAUCAUUUGUUAUAGGAUUUUCAAUACCAAGACACGAGUAAUAUUCUUCAAGAUAAACUUCAAAAUCAUCCUUUUUGCAUCUUGGAUAAAAAAUAUAAGAAAAAAUAGCACAAAAAGGAACAUAAUCAAUUUGCCAUUAAAUAUAUUAGUUUUAAUUAAAUCCUAAACCUAACCAUAUUUAAUUAAUUGAGUGGAUUGAAGCUGGGCUGGGCUGAGCUGGGCCUGAGCCGGGCUUAGGCUGGGCUCGGGCUGCUAACGGGCCUGGUCCCGGGCCGGUUCUGGGUUUACAAAUAGGCCCAAAUAGAGCCCGUUACAAACAACAAGCCCAGCCCGAGCCCGUUCCAUUUCUCUAACGAGCCGGGCCUGGGCCGGCCCAUACCGGGCCUGGGCCGAGCUGGCCAGCCCAGCCCAGUUGACAACUCUAAGUUUUGCUAUUUUUGGCCUUUCACCAAAAUUAAACUAAUUGUACAAAUAGAAAAAUUUAAAUUAAUAUUACCAUACACAUCAUUUUAAAUGUGAUCCCACAUUCUACAAAUGUUAUUUCUACUAGUACUACAUUUAUAAUUUUAUCUAUUUUUUUUCUUUUUUACGGACGUAGAGUGUAAUUAGUCGGCUUCUCUCAAGAAUUGAAAUUAGCCGGCCAGUGGUCAUCAAUAGGGCAGCCCAAAAUUUAAUCAACCCUAGUGACCAGAUUUUAAUAACCAGAAAUACACCCAAAUUUUACUAUAGACAUAGUUGUGUAUGAAACCAAUUUUAACGUGUAAUUAAUAAAGUAAGAGGAAAAAAAUAAGAGAAAAGAUAUUACUACAAUUUCCAUACUAACCAGUAUACACACAACUAUAUCAGUAAUAUAUAAAUAAGUUAUUUUUAAGUUAUCUUUGAUUUUAAAUGUUAGUAUGAAAGUAUCUAAAAUAAAUAAAUUUUCUUAAAUUAAAACUAACUUUAUAUCUCCAUUUUGCCGUUUCAAUCUUUCACGCCAUUUCCAAAAAGUACAUUGACGAAUUUUAAUAUUUGUAAAGGGUUGUUUAGUAAAAGUACAUAAACAUUAAAUAGUGUUAUUAAUUUCUCACAUCUAUUCCAUUCGUCCAUUAAUAAUUGUCUACUUUGAUUCGGCACGAGUUUGAAGAAAUGUAAAGAAAGUUGAUUGGAAAAGUUAAUAGAAUAUGAGUAUCACUUGUAUAAAUUAAUUUUAUAAUAAAAUAUGAGUAGAAUGAGUUAGUGGAACGUGGAGCCUGCUGGUAAAAAGUGAAAGUGGACAAUUAAUGGGAGACGGAGGGAGUAUUUCUUACACAUAAUGACCAUAAUGUCCUAUUAUGACCAACCAUAAUGCACUUUAGAUCACCUAUGUCAUUUUCUACUCCAUCUUCUACUACAUACAUACAAACAUGAUUUUUCUACUUCCGUAAUAAAUUCAAUUUUGCAAGAAAAAAAAUCAUCAUGUACUAAUAAUCAAUGAAUAAAUACAUGCUAUUAAGGGUUAUUAGCCUGUACUCCAUCAUGAUUUUUUUACUGAUUUACAAAACUAGAGAAAAGACGUCUGAUAAAAUUUCAUAAUAUUUCCAGCAUUUUUCCAUUUAAAUAUCACCAUACCUACUCAAUUAUCGAAGUCAAUUAUUGAAUCCAACAAUCAACAUUGCUAUUAACAAACUAAUUUAAGGCCGGCUGCGAAUAAUAUUUUUCUACAUAAACGACAUACUCCCUCAGUCUCAUAAAUGGUCAAUUCUCUUAACUGUGGUUUUCUUUUCAUAUGUUUACACAAAUCAAUACAAUUUGUCCAGCUUAGUAACAACAACAAAGAAUCAAAGAUUAAAAAAGUUGAGAAUUCCCAUAACCACCCUCAAAAUAUGGGAUUCCACCCGAUCGAUGUCAUUGAAAAUUAAUAUUUCAGGCAUGCCAUUGUUAUUUGUUAUACUACCGUUAAUCGAUACACCACGUGAUUAGCAAUUUCAUUUCAUCCCACAAUUUCAUAAGUCAAAACCCUCCCUCUUCACCACCGCUAUCUCCUCCCUCUUCACCACCUAUACCUCUGCCGCCGCCACUAGCUCUCCACUAUUUAGGUGAUGGCGGCUUAUGGUGCUGCGAUUUCUCUCAAGAAUACCAUUAACCGUAUUCUAAAAUCAUCUCGCAUUUCACUGGUUCCUGCCUCUUCUAUACAAGUCUUACGACCUGCCUACGAGGCCAUGGAUCGCUUGCUGACUGCUCUGUCAAAGUUGGACGACACCGGCUACAGUAAGAUCAGGACGAAGGUGAAUGCUUUGGAUGAACGAAUCAAAGAGGCCGUAUGGGAAUUCGAAGAUUUACUAGAAUCUCAUUUGUAUGAUCAGAUUCUUCCACAACUCGAAAGUGAGAGAGGUCACUUGUCUUUCUCGGUAGAUCUGCAGAGUCUGCAGCAGAGUGUUGAUUGCUUCAUCCAGAGGGUCGCGGUGAUGGAGUUGGAGUAUGAUAUUGAAGUGGCGAAUAUGCCUGAAGAAGAAGGCGAACCUAUUGCAUCAAGGAUUGAUUUUGGUGGAAUCAACUCACACAUGGUUGGAUUAUCUGAGUUUUUUGAAGUUACUAGGCAAUAUAUUAUUGGAGAAGAUAAUUACUAUUGCUUAUCAGUUAUUGGGAUGGCAGGGGUUGGAAAGACGACCAUUGCUAAGAAAGUAUUUGACGAUCCAUUGAUUCAGAGACAUUUUGAGCUUCAAGCAUGGGUCAAAGUGGGUAGAAAAUGUGAAUCCAAUGAAGCCUUACGAUGUGUUCUUGCUCAAGUGGAUCCCAGCACUCACCACCAAAUGCUUACCCAAGCAUACGGCAGUCAUGACGACCGAAAAUUAGUUGGACUCUUGAAAGAGAGAUUGAAGGAUAAGAAAUGUCUCAUUGUGUUGGAUGAUGUAUGGAAAUGGGAUACACGAUUCAUGGAUAACUUGCCACAAGAAAAUGUUAGAAUCUUGCUUACAAGCCGACAAAGAAUUGAAGAAUCUCCAUUUAAACGAUUACGCUUGUUGAAUGAAGAAGAAAGUAAGAAAUUAUUUGGUGAGAAGGUAUUUGGUGAAGUGGGUUUCCCUCCUCACCUUCAAAAAUUGGGAGAGAAGAUUGCCAAAAAAUGUGAAGGUCUUCCGCUUAUGAUUGUCACAGUUGCUGAUCUCCUAUCCAAAGAAGACAAGACACCAGAAUUUUGGACUGAGGUAGCCCAAAAACAACAUAAUUCAGUCUUUGUGGAUGCAUAUGAUCAAAUAUCAGAGGUAUUUUACCCAAGCUAUGAAUACUUAGAUCAAGGUUUGAAAAUGUUCUUUCUCUAUUUGGGAGCUUACCCUUCAUACAGUGAUAUCUACUGUAAGGAAUUCAUUCAUCAGAUAAAUGCAGAAGGAUUUUUUGAAUCAUAUAGCAUGCACAUUCUCUAUGAAUAUAUAAAUGGAUGCUUGAAUGUGCUUACUAAAUGGUAUCAUCUUGUUCUACAUGAACGCAAUCUUAGUUCCUGGUUUUCAAAGAACAAGUUGUGCGUGCAUUCUUGCUGGCAGCACUUGUGUAAGAAAGAAGCUAGUAAGAUCAAGUUUUUGCUUGUUAUACAAAGUUGGGAUGAUGUUAUGAAAGACCAGCGUCGGUUGUGUGCGCAUUGCAACACUUUAUUUGCCUUCGAACAAGUGUAUGAUGCAAUAAAAAGUGAUUGUGCGCCCACUGCCCGUUCUCUCCUUUGUUAUGGUCCUUACCACAAAUAUCCAAUUCCAAUACAUGCCAUGGAUUUUAAGUUGCUUAGGGUACUAAAGGCUGUUCAGGUCCGAUUUUUCCAUAUCCCACUUGAAAUUAUGAAACUAGUUUGUCUAAAGUUUCUUUCCCUAACAUGCAACAAAGAGCUCCCUGCUUCCAUAUCCAACCUUAUUCAACUUCAAUCCCUGAUUAUUGAGCAACAUAUGAUCAUUAAAAAGCGUGGAGCUUUGUCAUACAUGCCGGUCGAAGUGUGGGGCAUGCAAGAACUAGAACAUAUUGAGGUCACAGGAAGAGACCUACCAACCCCUAAUUCUGAUGCUACUUUGGAAAAACUCUCUUGUCUUUAUGGUGUGAGUGCAAAGAGUUGCACUAGAGAAAUUCUGAAAAGAAUCCCUAAUUUAAGGUCAUUACAAAUUUUGAUGGAGUUGAAGCCUUGCGAAGAUGACGAUGAUAUCAACCCACUGACGGGCUUGGAUUAUAUCUCAGUAGAACUCCAUAAUUUGGAAAAGCUUAUUUAUUAUGUACCUAACCCUGAGAUGAAGUAUGAGUGUAUGGUUCCUCUUUCAAUGUUCCCAUCAAGUUUGAAGAGGCUACAGUUGAUUGGCUUAGGGUGUUCAUGGAUGCACAUGAAUAACAUUGGUAAGCUGCUACCAAAUCUUGAGGAACUCAGUUUACAAGACUAUGCCUUUCAAGGCCCAGAGUGGGAUAUACAAUCAGAUUGUUUUUUAAAACUCAAUGCACUUGUUAUUGAAGAUAGCGAUCUGGUGCGAUGGAUAGCUCAACAUGGAAGCCUCCCAAUGCUUAGCCUCCUAAGCAUACGACACUGCUACAAAUUAAGACAACUCGAUUGGACGCGUGAUCCCUCAAUGGUCGCAACGGCUACAAUCGAAUUAGUUGAGUGCAAUCCCUUAGUUGUCGCUUCUACCAAGCAAUUCUCAGAAUCUCUCUUUAAUAUUCGUUGCCACUCUUCAUUUUGAGACGAGAUAUCUGUUGUGAACUCUCAACUUGGCUAACAGGCUAUGACUGGGCUAUUUAUGACGUCGCAAGAGGAUUUUUAGUGCUGAUGAUGUGGCAGAAGGAGUUUGUGGCUGAGCUAUGACUGGCUGAAAACCAUUGUGGAUGCUCUUAGGCAAAUGAGAGAGAGAAAAAGGAUGUCAAACGCUGGGUCAACGAUUGUGAAUUCUUGAUUUUGUUGAGGGUUAUGAAACCUCAUUGCUGGAUAAUGUUUGAAUAUUUAUGUAAUGGUUGAAUUGAAGAAUUUGUUGAAAUUGUAGUUUCUGUGAAUGGAUAUAUAACAUGUGUUUCGACUCUUCUUGUAAUUCUUGUUUCAGUAACUUGUGAUGAUAUUGUUGUUGGUCA